GUCACUCCUCGCACAGCGGCAGCAGCGGCGGCGGCAGUGGCGGAUCUGCGAGCGGAGAGCAAAACUUACGGCCGCGGGAUUAACCGACAAACACGGACUGAUGGGAAAAACAAAACGUCAUGAAAGAUUGUGACACUGAGGGGGAUGAACAGGAAGAAAUCUGUGAUGAAAACGAGGAGGAGGUUCCAAUGAGGAGAAGUUUCUCGGUUGAAGACCUGCUCGAUGAGGUGGAGAAGAUCUGUUACGAUGCCUCAGGGUCAUCUAAGGUGGAGAUGGUGGUACGACUGUGGAAAGACGGCUUCACUAUAAAUGAUGGAGAGUUUCGGAGUUACUCUGUGCCUGAAAACCAGGACUUUUUGGAUGCCAUCAAAAGGGGGGAGCUUCCAUCUGAGUGGGAGAGCAGAGCAGAGGAAGAGGAGCUAGAAAUCAGCGUGGAAGAUUUCACAGAAGAACCAUAUGUCCCCAAAAAGAAAGCAUUUCACCCUUUCAGUGGACGCGGAUACAGACUGGGCAGUGUUGCGCCCAGAGUAGUGGCCAGGUCACCAUCUGUGCAUGAGGAUGGAGAAUCUGCUCCUAUUCCCAUGGUAACACUAGACCACGCCCUGCCCGUUACCUCGCUGCAGAUUUGGUUGGCUGAUGGCAGGAGACUGGUACAAAGGUUUAACUUAUCGCAUCGGAUCACUGAUGUCCAAGAUUUCGUCACGCGUUGUCAGAGGAGCUGCCCCCCUUUCGUCCUCACCACGUCGAUACCAUUUCGAGAGCUGAGCGACCUGGACUUGAGCCUGGAGGAAGCAGAUUUAACCAACGCAGUGAUCGUGCAGAGACCUCUCAACACACAGGCAGCCUUUGGUCACUCCUCCUGACCCCAUACAGGUCCAAUACAGCUCAAAUACAGCUCCAACACAGCUCCAGUACAGCUCCAUCACUCACACACACAUAGAUUAUUCUGUCCUUCAAUAUUUACACUGAUUGGAAGCUCAAGGCUGCGUAUAACUCACUAUCCAUUGACUCAGCAGUGUCUCUUCCCAACCUCACUAAGACACUGUGGUGGAAAAUCUACUCUAUUGUGUUACUUAAGUAAAAGUAUAGAUACUAGAGCACAAAUACUCAAGUAAAAGUAUUAAAGUACCUGUGUAAAAAUGUUCUUAAAGGUGCACUGUGCAACUUUUUGGUUGUCACCUUCUUGUUUCUAUGGAGAUGUCAUUUCUCUGCCUGGAAUGUUCCACAGUGUGACAUGAAACAGAUCUGCUUUACGUUAUUCAGUUGAGGCUUUUUGAGGUUUAUAGUUCAAAAAUACCUAGAAAAACAGACAUUCUGACUGUGAGUGGGGUCGCCUCUCCACAGAGCUGACCUGUACCUUGGUCUGGUUUGGUCUUCAUGAAGAUAAAAAGGUUUAAUGUCAUACUGUGAAACAUUCCAGACAAACAAUAACAUCUCCAUGGAGAAAAACAUUUGAAGGACCCUCCACCAAAAAAGUUACUCAAUGCACCUUUAAGUAAAAAUACAGAUACCAGAGCAAAAAAAAUACUCAAGUGUCACAUGAAAAAAAUCUGCUCAAAAAAUCUGUUUAAAAAUGUACUUAAAGAGUAAAAAGUAAAAGUAUUUUACAGAUUUUGAGGUCUCAUAUGGCUUCAAAUGUAGUGAUUUUGAUACAGAUUUGUGCUGAAUUUUUUCAACAGGAACAGUUAAAUCGAUUAUUUACUUGUAGAUUUUUUUUUGCUUAAACUAUGAAUGUGUUAAAAAAAAACAACAAAAAAACAACUCUCAGCCUUUUCAGCUCUCAAACUAUAAUAAGAAACACUUUUAACUUUUCAGUCCUCAAAAAUGUAGUGGAGUAGAAAGUACAGAUACCUGCUCUCAAAUGUAGUGAAGUAAAAGUAAAGUGUCCACUUUAAAUUCUACUUAAGUACAGUACAGGUACCUAAAAUAUACUUACAGUACAGUACUUCACUACUUCAUUACUUUCCACCACUGCUAAGACAGAUAUGCAUUGUGCUAACUUAGUACUCUAGGGAUGUAGAAUUUUAGUCAUUUUUAAAGUCACAGUAUGUAACUUUUUAGCUUUUUGCUAAUUGCACUGAAAAAUUUGUCUUUAGUCUGAGCGUGCUUGUGAUCUUCAUAAAUCUGAGGAGGGCUUCUUCCUGCUUGUUUCCAUGGAAAUGUAGUUGUUUUGGCUAUAAUAUUUCACAGUAUGGCAUUAAACUCAUUCAUCACCACGGAGAUUGUUCCGAAGUAUGUACUGCCUCCAGAAAGAUACAUACUGUACCUUUAAAAUCUUUUUAUUUUAUUUAUUUAUUUUUUUUUUACAAAUUUAUUUUUGUGGAAAUUAUUUUACAACUUUCAGAAUUGUUGUUGCCAUAAACAGCAGAUUCUCAGUGCUACGACUACUUUAUUUUGCUGUUACCAAGGUUUUGUUUCUCCUCUUAAUAGAGCAAUGACAGGAAAAGUUAAUGGGCUCUAUUCACACUUACGUCACAAAACCGGAAGACAUCUGGAAACGUGUGGAUGACAACUCUUCCUUUGGGCUCUGUUGGCGAUAGUAACUCUGGGAAAUCUGGGAAAACUGAGAAAGUGGGCCGGUUUUCUUCAUCUAGAUAUCAUUGUAUUCUUUAUUUUUUUCCUUUUAUAAUCUGCCUAUAAAUUUAUUAUAAUUUGUCUUAAAAUUGAAGAUACGAUCAGAGAGUCCCGUCUCCCAUGGAAAGCUUUGGCAGGUUGUGAAGAUGCUGCUGAUUCCACGGUUUUAUCACAUGCCCAGUGUCGGGAACUACACCGGAACUCGUCAUCCGCAUGUUUCCAAAUGUCUUCCGGUAAGUGUGAAUAGAGCCUAUUAAAACAUUAACAACAGUCAGUGGCAAUUUCAACCUAAAAAAACAAAACAACUUUUAUUGGCACAAAUAACAGGCAAACAGACAAAAAUAUGGAGAUUCUUUAUUCACUCACUUUACCUUAUCAAUUUUAUUCAACCUUUAGUUACAUUUUAGGAUUCAUUUUUAUUAUAUUUUUUAACAUAAGUCAUUUAUAAGAUGCACAAUUUCAUAGUUUUCUCUGAUGACAUCCCUACAUGGUACCACUUUUAUCAGAACACUAUCAAACACAUUAUAUUUCUUAAUUUUUAGGUCAGUAUUCACCUGCCUAUAUACUACAAUGAUAUAAUAAUAUAACUGAGAUUAAAAUAAAUGCAGUUUUAACUAUCACUAAUGCAAAACACAACAUAAUUUUACAUAGAAGUACACCAGCACUUCGUAAGUCUUCCCAAACAGCUUUCAGACAGAUCUCUGCACUAAAAUGAAUGGGGCUAGUACGACACUGCAUCUUGUGAUCCUGUAUUAUGGAAAAGCUAUAUUUAUGACGCAUGCUGUUUUGUUUACAUACUCUGAGGAGGAAAAUGUGAUGAUGGCGUAUUUAAAAUGGCCAGACUGUUCUGUGAGUAUCAUGUCAUGCUAGUAUUUUUCAUGGAUUGCCUUUAUUUGGAGUUGAAUGUACCUCAAUAUCUUAAUUAAGCUAGAAUAAAAAUCCUUACUUUAUGCAA